GGUCGUGUUGCUGAGAGACGUAACCCAGUUGCAGCUUGGCAAUCAAGUCUGUUACAUGGCGCAUACAAUAGGCUAGCAGCGAGGCUCGAGUCUUUGACAUCGCGUUGUGAGCCGAAGCGUGCGUGCUGGAGAGUUUAGUCCGAUUGUGCCUUAGCGUGUUUCCGCUUUUCGACCGCAUUUCGUCCGACUGCGAGCAGCAUCCGUCGCCAGUAACCUUCGUUUAGCACUCGCUUCUCGCACAUAUCCUUCGCACACCGCUCGCAUGUGUCGCCCACACGUCGCACGGUGUCGCCGACGGCGCCAGACACAGCGCGUGGCGAAAACCUCGUGCUUGCUGCUGUUGCUCGCUGUGCUUUCAGCCUGGCCGCAGAAUGCGGCGUCUCUCGCGGUCAGCCUGCCACGUGGCUUCGCCACGCCGCAGCAGCAGCAAGCAGAGCGCACAGCGCUGCUGGAGUUCUGGGAGGCGAUGGGGCGCAGUGAGGGGCUGAUGUGGAGCGGGUGGGGGAACUCGUCCCUGCCGUGCGCCCCCACGUUGCCCUCGUGGCCGGGCGUGCACUGCAGCACCACGGGGCACGUGGACGCCAUAGAGCUGCGUUUCGUGGGAGCAGGGUCCCCGCAGAAGCAGAAGCUGCAGGGGCAGGUGCCGUGGGGGGCCAUGACUGCGCUCACCGCGCUCACUGCACUCGACCUGACCUUCAAUCAUGCCACCGGGCCGGUCGUGACUCCUGCUGCCACCGCCUUCACUGCCCUGCAAGCACUGCUGCUGUCCUACAACAAGCUCACUGGCUCCAUCCCUGCGGUCCUGGGCUCGCUCCCCUCGCUGCAGACACUCGACCUGAGCGACAACCGGCUCAGUGGCUCUCUCCCCAGUAGUAUUGGCUUGCUGUCCGCCCUGCAAUCGCUCCACAUCUCAGCCAGCAACCUCACGGGCUCGCUGCCCGCCUCUCUGUCGCGCCUGUCCUCGCUGGAAUCGGUGAUUCUGGGCCAGAACCAGCUCCGAGGGUCCCUCCCUGCCAACCUCUCUGUUCUCACCGCCCUCAAGCAGCUUGCUCUCAUGGAGAACAGCCUCAACGGCUCCCUGCCUGCCUCUUGGGGUGCGCUGGCUUCCCUCACUGACCUCAAGCUGUCAGUGAACUCCUUCAGUGGCACGGUGCCGUCCACCUGGGCCAGACUCACAUCGCUGUGGGGGCUGGGGAUCUCCAGCAACAAGCUCACGGGGCCCUUCCCUGCCUUCUUGCUCUCGCUCACGAAACUCACCGAGCUCUAUCUGAGCAACAAUCUCAUGUAUGGCCCUGUUCCGGCCAACAUCACCGUUCCACCCAGCUUGAGAACAUUUGAGAUGGAUUACAACUACUUCAACGGCUCCAUCCCUGCAGGGCUGGACCAAUCCAGUGCCACCUUGUCGGACAACUGUUUCAACGAGACGGGCAGCCACAACCAGAAGCAGGCCAACAGCUCCACGUGCAACAUCUUCUACAACGUGCUCUACCCGCCCGCUCCCCCCGGACCCCCUGAGACGGUAACCGUUACAUCUUCCUCCUUCCCAAUAGCAGCAGUGGUGGUGCCGGUGGUGGUGGUGGUGCUGGUGCUGCUGCUGGCGCUGUUUCUAUGGCACCGCUGGCGCUCGGAGCGGCUUGCAAGAAUGCUGCGCAAGGAGAUUGGUAGCAGCUCGCGCGUCUUCUCGUUGGCGGAGCUGCGGCGCGCCACCAAGGAGUGGCAGGCGGAGAUCGGGCGCGGCGGGUAUGGCAGCGUGUACAAGGCAGAGCUGCGGGACAAGACUGUGGUGGCUGUCAAGCGGCUCGACAUGGUGUCGGACCAGGGCGACCGGGAGUUCAUCCGCGAGGUGGAGCUGCUGUCGCGCGUGCACCACCGCCACCUCGUCAACCUGCUUGGCUUCUGCGCCGAGAAGGAGGAGCGCGCGCUGGUGUACGAGUACAUGGGGCUGGGCUCGCUGUUCGACCAUCUGCAUGGCCCCAGGGCGAAGGAGGCCGCGCUCUCGUGGGACUCGCGCAUCAAGAUCGCCAUCCACGUGGCGCUGGGCAUCGACUAUCUGCACUAUGGCGCCGAUCCGCCGCUCAUCCACCGCGACAUCAAAUCCGGCAAUAUUUUGCUCUCAGAGGACGGCCUGGCCAAGGUGGCGGACUUCGGCCUGUGCAAGGAAGUGCCGGUGGAUGUGACUCCGGACGGCCAGCCGCAGCUGCUGCCGCCCACCACGGCGGUGCGGGGGUCGUUUGGGUACCUGGACCCUGAGUACGUGAGCACGUCGCUGCUGACGGACAAGAGCGACGUGUACAGCUAUGGCGUCGUGCUGCUGGAACUGCUGUCAGGGAAAUACGCCAUCCACGAGAAACAGCCGCUUGCUUACUGGGCGGAGGAGUACCUGAUGGACAGCGAACGCCUCACAGAGCUGCUGGACCCGGCUCUGGGGAGCGACUACGACCUGCAUGAGGCGCAGAUACUGUGCGACAUUGCCAGGAGCUGCGUGCAGGACCGCUCGGCCGACAGGCCAGCGAUAAGGGACGUGGCGCAGGCGCUGGUGGAGCAUCUGGGGCGCGUGGUGGUGAUGCCGUCCUCCUCCACCGCGUCCUCCGAGUGCAGCUACGGCUACACCUACGAUGACUACAGCCACGCCUCGCAGCAACCUUUCUUCUCGGGCAGCCUGCCCGACACCUCGGGCAGCUACACGACGGAUUCGCCGGGGAAUCCGUCUGUGGGGGCGGCAAAUGGGAAGCCAGGGAAUGGAGGUGCGGGCGAGGGGUUUACAUUCAGGAACUGCCAGUCGCAGCCGAUCAUCAUUGCGGGCGUGGUCAGGGGAGAGGGGGAGAAUGGUGAGGGGGGAGGGGAGGGGGAGGGAGGAGCAGGGAGUGUGCAGAUGUCAACAGGUGUGCAUGGCAACAGGCCUCCUGUGCCCAUUGGCGCGCAUGAGGGCACAGUGUAAGGGGGUUGGAGGAGCGUUACGUGUAAUUUACUACUAUGGGGUUACGAUGUGGUGGGAAGAUGUGGCAAGGGGUGGUGCAUGGCAUUGUGCAAUAAGGCUGGCUGACUGGACAGCAGGGACUGAGUUGCUGCCAUGUGCAUGCCAAUGGGUACGACAUGGAAUGGAAUAAGUGUCUUUUUUUAGGUGCCAUAGGUACCGGUAGGUAGGUGAGGCGUUUGUGCUUGGAGAAUGCUGUUGGUCUGAGUUGUGCUUGCCUCCCAACUCCAAGCCAUUUUCCUUCCCAAUUUUUCCAUUUUGUACCUGGAAUUUUCGUAUAUUUCAAUAGGAUGCAUUGUUGUUAAAUGGUAUCAGUGACACGGUCUCUUGUAGGACUGACGUGAGUGUGUGAUCUCAUUCAAUGUGCUCAUUUUAU